UGGCGACAUCAAUGGCUAACAGCAGCAAAGUGAUAAGCUUGAAGCUUCUUGUAGACAAGAGCUCUAACAAGGUGCUGUUCGCAGAGGCUGGAAAGGAAUUCGUGGACUUCCUCUUCGGACUCUUACAGAUACCUCUCGGUUCCAUAAUGGGGCUUCUUUGGAAUCAUGGCAUAGCUGGUUCAGCUGGUUCGUUGAGUAGAAUCUAUGGGAGUGUCCAAAACCUUGACCCCACCUAUCUUCUCCAAACCAAGGAUUCUCUCUUGACGCCUAAACCAGUCUUCCCACCAAACACUCGUACGCCUCCGUUGUUGCUAAACUUCCUACCACCAAAACCAGAGACCAGAUCGAGUUCAAAACCACAUGUCUCCGUUCAUUUCCCCGUUACUAAUUAUCCUAUUAACUCCCCGGUCAAGAAAAAACAAAAAAAAAAUUAUCCUAUUAACUCCAGCUUUAGCUCUUCGACCUUCUUUGUGGUUGGGAGUUCCGCCACUUCUGCUUCUAGUAAUAAACCGGUGAUUGAACCAAAGGAGACAGGGUAUGUGAGAGGUGUCGUGACAUAUAUGGUGAUGGAUGAUUUGACGGUGGAACCCAUGUCAACCAUUUCUAGCAUCACCCUUCUCAAUACCUUCAACGUAAAAGAUGUCAGUUUCCUCCAGGAGAAGAUGGUGAAUGUUGACAUAAAGAAGGGCUUGGAGAUGGUGAAGGCUUCAUUUGGGUCAACCACAGUCCUUACUGAUCUGCUUUUGCGUUGCUUUGGAGUACAAGCUAUGGGCCCUGCUAUACUAUUCAUCGGCGCAACAAAAGAUUCGAUCAUAUAUGUCCCCGUAGAGACGAAUAUGGCGACAUCAAUACCCAACACCGGCAAAGCGAUAAGCUUGAAGCUUCUCGUAGACAAGAGCUCCAACAAGGUGCUGUUCGCAGAGGCCGGAAAGGAGUUCGUGGACUUCCUCUUCGGACUCAUUCAUAUUCCCAUUGGUUCCAUAAUGGGACUUCUUUGGAGUCAUGGCAUAGCUGGGCCUGGAUCGCUGAGUAGUGUCUAUGAGAGUAUCCAAAACCUUGACCCCACCUGUCUUCACCAAACCAAGGAAGAACUCUUGAUGCCUGAAGCGGCGUUCCCAUCAAACACCCAUCCGCCUCCGUUGUUGCUCAACUUCGUACCGCCAAAACAGCAGGCCGGAGUUGAUGAUGAGAACCAUUCUGUUCUGAAGAAAUCAGCGGAUGAAGCCAUGGUGACAGGGUAUGUUAAAGGUGUGGCGACAUUUAUGGUGAUGGACGAUUUGAUGGUGAAACCCAUGUCAACCAUUACUAACAUCACUCUCCUCAAUACCUUCAACGUCAAAGAUGUCAGUUUGCUCCAGGAGAAGACGGUCAAUAUUGACAUAAAGAAGGGCUUGGAGCUGGUGAAGGCUUCAUUCGGGUCAACCACAGUUCUUACAGAUCCUGCAAAUAAACCCGUAGAGAAGAAGAUGGCCACGUCAAUACCCAACACCAGCAAAGCGAUAAGCUUGAAGCUUCUCGUAGACAAGAGCUCCAACAAGGUGCUGUUCGCAGAGGCCGGAAAGGAGUUCGUGGACUUCCUCUUCGGACUCAUUCAUAUUCCCAUUGGUUCCAUAAUGGGACUUCUUUGGAGUCAUGGCAUACCUGGGCCUGGAUCGCUGAGUAGAGUCUAUGAGAGUAUCCAAAACCUUGACCCCACCUGUCUUCACCAAACCAAGGAAGAACUCCUGAUGCCUGAACCGGCGUUCCCAUCAAGCACUCAUCCGCCUCCGUUGUUGCUCAACUUCGUAGCGCCAAAACAGCAGGCCGGAGUUGACGAUGAUCAGAACCAGUUCUCUUCAGAAAUACUUUUUGGAUUCAGCUCUAAUAUGUUCCAAACUGUUGUUGAUGAUGAUGAUUCGGAUUCCUAUUUCGACAAGGAGACAGGGUAUGUUAGAGGUGUCGUGACAUUUAUGGUGAUGGAUGAUUUGAUGGUGAAACCCAUGUCAACCAUUACUGGCAUCACUCUCCUCAAUACCUUCAACGUCAAAGAUGUCAGUUUGCUCCAGGAGAAGACGGUCAAUAUUGACAUACAGAAGGGCUUGGAGCUGGUGAAGGCUUCAUUCGGGUCAACCACAGUUCUUACAGACGUUUUCCUUGGGAAUAAGGGAGUUGAGGGGCUAAUGCCUUAACUUCUCUUCGACUCGAGUAGCUUUACUACGGAAUUCUCCAAUAAC